CGCCUUUCGCACUUCCAGCAACGUCUCUGGUUUUGCAUUCUUUGAUUCUCAGUUCAGCUCUCUGGAAGCACCACCGCUACUGCCAUGGCUACUCUCAGCAAUUACGCGGCGCUACCGUCUUUAACCAUCCGCCGAAACGCCUCUUAUCCACCUUCCUCCACAAUUCGCCUUCAGAUAUGGUCGCCAAGGACCCCGAAAUUCCUCAAUUCCUCGUGUUCUCCACCGCUUCGUCGCAGCUCAUCGAUAUUUUGCAGCACUGCUUCGGAGCAGACGGAAAAUGGAGCGCCGGUUAGCAUAGUAGCUAUCGUUGGGGAAGGAAGCAUCAGUCCGAUGAAGUCCGCGUCUUGGUAUGACGUCAUGCUCCAUACUGCAAAAAAGCUGAAGUGGGUGGAAGAAACGUUUGAAAUGCUGGUGUUUACUGAUCGUAUCUGUCGGGCUGAGGAUGAGUGUCGGGAGGCAUUAAGCAGGGCAAACAUUGCUAUCAUUGUUGCCGUUUCAGAUCAAGAAUCUGUUAACUGGAUUCAGGCCAAUUGCGAGUAUGUCCCAAAUGUGGUAUCUUUCGAUUCAUCUCCAUCUUUAGCAAACAAGUUGGGUGGAUCCUUAAUCCAACCCAAAACCUCCAGAGAUAUAUUCAGUAAGUUACCUCUUCUCCAGCCGAAGACACAAAAGGAAUCCGAGGAAGUGGUUCGAUCCGUAUCCGAGGCUUGGGACAGACAUAACACUGAUGAUAUAAGGUUCUGUUUGUUAGUUAUAACAAAUGCAUAUAUCAGACCCGUCCCCAUGUUGAAGAACCUAAGGGCAAAAGGUUUCUCCACACUGAACUGUAUGGUAAAGAAUUGCGGGCCGCAAAUUCUCAACUGUUUACUUGAUCAGAAUUGUAGGAAAGCUCUACAAUGCUUGAAUAAAUGCAGCCCUGUGGAUCAGGUGUGCAAUUAUCGAUGCAUUGCUUCGUACGAGAGUCGAGAGCUUGAGGAAUUUUCUCUCUGUGUGCUGCAGAAGAAUAACUGCCUUGAAUUGGAUGCAAGUAUUCCCGACAAACCACAAGUUUCCCCAAUGCCAAAGUUUCAAGGUGAGACGCUUGAUUUUGAAACAGCCGAAGAUCUUUUUAUAGGUUGGUUAGGAAGUUUGGAUUGGAGCUGGCGUGUGGUAUGUGGGCAGAACCCGGCAUACGACCAAUUCCCAUGUCAGUAUCAGCUGUUCUAUCGGGGCAAGGCAAAGGGAUCGUUCUGGUAUGAGCCGGUCUUCCAGGUGAAAACACUCGACGGGGACUUAGUCUGGAGGCGUAGAAAAUACCGUGUAAGGAGAGGUAAGAUCCCGGGAACGUUUUAUUUCAGUGUUUUGGAUAAUGGAGUGGUGUCGAAUGAGUUUUGGACGAUUGUGGAUGUAUGCGACGAUUUGAGCUGGGGAUUGUUUCAUUACCACGGCGCUGCUCGGGUUGCGGGGCAGGCGUACACUGGGGCCGUGGUUGUUACCCCCGAUGGAUUGUAUCCGGAUGCUGCGAGCCGGGGAACGAGAUUGGAGUCUGCAUUGGAUAGAUGUGGGAUUGAGGAGUGGGAGUUGUUUAUGGUUGAUAAUUGUUCUUGCAAAGAUCCCCCGUUGGGGCUUCCGGAGGGUUCGAGGUUGCAUUGUCAGAUUACUACAGCCUAAAGAUUCCUAGUUCAGGUUUCUUUGGAUCAAGAAAUUGCAAUGGAGGGAGCAAAGGGAUUUGAAAUUAGUAGUUGUAAUUCUACAUAUGUUGUUUCUUGUUGUUAGUUUAGAUCUUUUUUAUGUAAAUUCAAGGUUACUGCAUUUGAAAAUUAAUGCAAUUUGCACAUUUGUUAAUAUAACAUUUGAUUUUACAAAUUUAAAGUAACAAUUAUGGGCUUGGAUUACAUGCUGAAAAU